AUGGAUAACGAUGGUAGUCGUUCCCAAGCAGCUAAGAGAAAGCGUAUCUCGCGUGCAUGCGAUCCAUGCCGCUCUCGAAAGCAUCGAUGCGACGGUCAACAGCCGAGCUGCUCGGCGUGCUCCUCGACCCAACAGUCAUGCAGUUAUGAUUCUUCAAUGAAGAAGCGCGGGCUCCCAACAGGAUAUGUACGAUCGCUCGAGCUAUUGUGGGCACUUUUGUUCACGGUCAUCCCUCAAAGUAUGAGGCUCGUGACGCAACUCAUACCAGACAUCCGAUUUGCCCUCGACUCGCAUACAAAGCUGGUUAUGGUUAGCAAAUUUGUCAAGGACCCUGAUAUUCUACGGCAGAUCUGGGAAGACAGUGGCAUCCAAGUUGCACUGGAUAACCUCCUAUCAAACGCUUCCGAUAAUUUCAGCGCAGAUGAGAUCUCCUCGAGUGUUGAGAGCAAGCCUGUGUCAACUGUUGAAAGCCUUCAGUUUACGGUGGGAUCAUUCGAGGCUAGUCAAUUUCAGGUGGCUGAUGGAGGCCAGCAGGUCUCAAAUCCAGUCUUGUGGUUAGAAGGCACAAACAACAGCGAAGGGAUAUCGCAGCAUCACCUUUCCACGGCUUAUACAUGGCCAGCAGAUCGUGUGGCACUCUCUUCCUUUCCGCAAAACGCUCAGCGCUUGCUCGACCUCUACUUUGCUCGUACUCAUUGCUGGUUGCCUAUAGUACAAAAACAUAAAAUGUACGAGAUCCUUUAUUCGUCUUCACCACCUGCUCAAGCAGGGCACUUGGCGACUUUCUGGGCGAUCUUAGCCUGCGCUUCUCUUCAAGAUUCCUGUGAGCCCUUCGGCCUCCCUGGUGUCCCUGAUGGCUACGGCGUCGUCUUAACACCCGAGCAAAUCUUUCUCCAAGCAAGACAGCAAAUACCCAAUGAAGAAGCUCAAGAGCUCGGUUAUGUCCAGGCUCUACUAAUUUUGAGCCUUUUCAAAUUGGAUAGAGGAGAAGUCGCAAAGGCUUGGCGUCUGAUUGGUCAAGCAGUCAGACAAAUACUUGAUUUGGGAACACUGCCUCCUAAAGGCUAUAGCUCAAAUGCUGCACGAUGCAGUAGCCACGACGAUCAACAAGCCAGACUACUUCUGAGCUGUUUUGUGCUUGAUACUGUAGUGUCAUGCCAUUUGAAGAAGGCCCCCCAUCUCAGAACGAUGGAUAUCCGCUCCCUACCCAUGCCGGCCGAGACAGGCCCGGACGAGUGGGAACCUUCGGUCGUGUGCUUGGGCGAGUCUGAGCAUCGCCGACCAAGUAGCUUCAUGGUUAAAAGACAACCGCUGCGGGCAGUGAGCAUCUUCAACCACUAUGUCGGCAUAAUCAGCAUACUCAAUGAUGCAAUUUCCGAGCCGUUAGUAGAUGUGUCGGACUCGGCCCAUGCCAAGCAUUCAUCCGCUCUAUGCCGCUGGUGUGAUCAGCUUCCAGAGCACUGCAAGUUCCCUUUGGACUCGAGCCAAAACCACUUUGAGGUCGCUAAAGGACUGUCACCACAGCUCUUUAACCUUCAUCUUGCAUUCAAGAGCACUGAAAUGUUACUGGAAGCUCAACAUGCUUCGAUUCCGCGGAGCGGGCAAUCAUCACGUACGCUACGCCCAGAAACUUCUUCUAUGACAAUAUCACGUCUAAUAUCAAUAUUUGCAACGAACUUCGGAGUUUCUACGAUCCCUGCUAUAUUUAAUAGCUACAAGCUCAUUGGUAGCCGACAGGCCACAGGUCAUGUCUUUGUGAGUCCCAGUUCACUACGUACACGAUCAUCAGAUCCCCCGCCUCGAGCGUCGAGCUCGGACUUGGUCGUACCAUACUUGCCCACCCCUAUGGACGAUGAAGAGUUUACCUUGGCGGGCAUUAAAGGAACACCUUUGAAUUCGGGCCGUUCAUCUUCGUGCGAGGCACCAGAAGACACAAUGAAUGAACAUGAGAAGAGAAUCUGGAAGGAAUUGUUCGAACUGGUGGAUGCUGAUGAAACGAAUCUUUCGAGUUUCAGCAUUCAAGGAAGUAUCGAUCACUCAAAAGAUACAGAAUAG